AUGUAUAAUGUAGCAGUACUUCUACCAAGCUUGGAUUAUCGUAAUAACACAAAUGGAGCGAUUAAUAGAGCCUCCAUGGGCAUUUUUUGGGAGCAAAUUAGCUGGUUAGUUACGGUAUUCUUGGCAGUUACAUUUUCUAUAUCUUCAAUUGAAUCAAGGUAUGUAUGGUGUCUAUGCUUAUUGCCACCAGUAUUAUAUGACUUUUCAGUUGUAUUAAUGGGAGUUGGGAUAUUAAGGCUAACAGUUUCUUGGUGUCUAUUGAGCGAUGUGGUAAUUAGAAUUGUACACAUUAUUGGACUAUUAUCUCGUGGGAUUUCUUUGGUUAUGCUAAUAAGUUAUGUAAUAAUUGGAAUUCCAGACUUAGAAGUUCCAUUAGCUUUGAUUACUGGGGCAGUAAUCUUCCAAGUAUUAUUUGCAAGUCUUUCAAACUCAUUAAGGUGCCCAUGGGUAAUAUUACGAUUUCUCUUUGUUGAUAUUUGGAUUGGAUUAUUGUUGUUUCAAAUUUUUCUCAGAAUUUCGUCUGAAAGUAAAUAUUAUCGUGAAAUAUCUAAAGACCAUUUUAAUUGGGAAAACUCAGUUCAAUUUCAUGGAAAUCUCGCCAAUAUUGCCGAGAAAUUUCAGCAAAUUCCAUCCUGGUGGGUUGUUUUUUGGCCUUGUUGGUUUUGGUGUGGGGUCAUUUUUUCUUUUUCGACAGUAUUUUGUGUUCUUGGGGUAGCAGACAGAAUGUUAGCUGUAUUUGGAAUCUUUCUCGGUUGCCUAUCAACAACUAUACUUAUUACUUGCUUAGAUCUCGCAGAUUUCCUCAAUGAUACGAUUUAUAUUAAAGAAAAUAAAUAUGCUGUUAGUUAUCAUGUUUAUGAACAAAAUUCACACAUUAGGUUAUGGCAUAUUUGUAUAAUUUGCACUCAAACAAUGAUUGCAGUAAUGUCAGCUGUCAUUUCCCAAGGAUUAAUUGAGGAAUCUGAUGAAGGAUUUUCGUCUAUAAGUUCUUCAGAUGAUCACUUUAUUUCAUCUAAUAUUAAGCAAUUUAAAAAAAUGAUUUCUCCAUAUAAAAUAGGAUCUGAAGUUAUUCUUACAAAAGUGGGUACUGGAGUCUUCCAUAAGAUAGAAAAUCAGGGAAAUAUUAAACUAUUUCGAGAUCAUUCAGAUUCUAAAGAAAUUUUAAAUUGUGAAAUCAUUUCAACUCAUACAUUAUCCACUGCAAAUUCUCCCACAAGCCCCAAGUCACUAUCGCCAGUACUUUCUCAUACUCCAAAGUCAAAAAUAGAGUCUGUUUCGGAUUCUAGUUCUAUACUUGCUUCUCAUGACGAUAAUCAUGAGCAAGUAUGUAUUAUCUGUUGUGAUAAUAACUGCGAAUCAGUGUUUAUUCCAUGUGGGCAUGGUGGAUUAUGCAGUAGCUGCGCUUUAAGAGAGUUCUACAGAGCAACUUCGGCUAUAGCUACUUAUAAACUGCAAAGCAGUCAUAAUUACUCAACAAAGAUUAAUGCAGUAAUCAUUGCUACUCAAGAUCUUUAG